AUGUCAGAGCACUGGACUUCAGCAGUGCCAACUCCGAAACCUCAGAGGGCCACUGCUUGGAGGCUUCUGGAUGUGAGCCUCAUCAUCGUCGGCUCUGGCCCGGAAGCUGAGAGGCUUCUGCAAAGAAGGUUGGGUGCCGGGGGCAGGGCAUGCCUCCUCUGGACAGACCGUCCACCGAGCUCGCCACUCCCAAGUGAGCUCAAGUCGGCCGAGUCCAGGUAUGACCAGGUACUUUUCGACGCGGCGACCUUCCGAUGGCAGCCGCCAGCGCUCGAAAACAGCUGCCCUGAGGUUCGAGCGUUGCGGCGUCGAUAUGGAAGUGCUGACUACGGCUUCAUGCGAACCGGCCCAGACGUCGUGGCUCUUGCUCAACAUGAAUCCUACCAGCUCGUCUUGGAGGGCCAGGACUUGGUUGGUGUGCGCGUGUUGCUUCACGAUGCGGUGUCAUGGGAGCUGUCAGGUGCCGUUCUGCUGGUCGGUCCAGUGGCUGCUGUUCUGCCGCCACUAAGACCAGGAUCAGGGAGUGAGGGAUGGAUCGAGACAGUCGAUGUGCACGUGCAACAAGAAGAGGCAUUUCCACAAAUGUAUUGUGACGGAGGUGGUCUGGUGAGCAUCGCCGCUGGCAGUGCGUAUUACUUGCUUAUGAACUUUUGUUGCUACUUACUUGUCCACAACUACGACCGGCACGUCCAACCCGGAGAUGUUGCCUGGUGGUGGCUAUUCCCCCACCUGCAGGCACUGUCCGGACAGAUUUGGUCGCACCAUCUGGCGGAUUGUUUGCUCGGUUUCCAGCAGGGUUGCAAAUCAACUGUCGUAGGUUGUCUUGUGAGCUUUCUCGUCUGGUAUCUCUGGAUGCUGGUGUGGGUUCUUGGUUUGAGGGAGUGGAAACUGCAGUAUUUCGUACACGCUGUGAUUGGCUUCGAAUUAUCGUCAGUGGCACAGCUGAUCGUGAGCACCUUGCUGAGUCGUUCUGCUCGCAUAUCACCAUACAAUGCUGGCAAGAGCAAGAACAACAAAGGACAGGCGCUGUGGACCGGUGUGCUUCUUUCUAUGAACAUGGUUGUGGCAGUUUCCCAGUGGAGCGUCAUCGUCCUUUACAUGUACUUGGACAGCGUCAGCACGAUCCUGUCGGCAGUCGUUCUGAGCCUCGCUACUGCAGCUUCCGAGUUGCUGGCCGUGUCUUUUAUGGAGAACGUCUAUCUACGUCUCGUGUGGCCGCGUGCAUUUGCCGAUCAGCUGCUUGUCGUGCUGGCCGACCAGAAUACAGCCAUCACUGUCUUGAUUGCUUUUACGCAUGCAGUCGCCGAAAGCACGCGCCUAACCAGUCUCCUUAGCGCUGCUGCCCAGAGUGAAGGCUGGAACUGGCAGUGGAUCGUCAGUCUACUCAUCAUGUUGAGCACCAAUGUAGCAGUUCGGCACGGAUACCACGUCAGUCUUUUUUGUCGAGUCCUACCAGAGCACAUGCACAAGUGGGUGCGACCGGGCUGCUGCAGCAUGAUCCACCGUCACGGGCGUGUUGUUUGUGGCUACUUUCGCUUCAUCCCCUACAUCUCCUACGUGGCAUUUCGGCUGGUCGGCUUCAGCGGUGAACCUUUGUUCAACCCCCAAACCUUGGCUCUCUAUGCCGCAGUCCUAUUCAUGGAACUGCUUGAAGAUGCGGUCGUAUUGCUGCGCAUCUUGCCUCUGGAUCCAUGGCAGACAGGCAUGAAGCACUUGUACGCGGAGUUGCAUCCUUUCCACCCGAAACAGGUGAUGUGCAAGGAUUCCCGAGGCGUGCAGGAGCAUCUACCACCACUGCGGCUGCAUGGGGCUCGGCGGCUCCCGUGGAUCCAUUGCCAAGCCCCGAUGCAGAUCUCUUUCUGCGUCUCCACGAGCUUGCUGUGGCUGCCCUUGGGUGCCGGCUUUGUUUUCGGCAUCUGCCCUGAGCCGAUCCCGCCAGAGCUACGUUUGUCGGACGCCUUUUUCUGGUCUCAGCCUUUUCGAUGCGGUUGA